AUGAAUUUGGAAGGCUUUGGGAAUGGUUUGAUGAAGCGGUUGGGAUGGAAACAAGGUGACGAGGAUGAUGGUUGGUCCAAAAAAGCAAUUCAAAGUUUAAUGAAAAAAUUACAAAAACAAAACAAAGAAUCGAUUAGUUUAUUAGAAAAAUCGUUAAAUUUGCAAGGAAGAGAGCUAACUGAAUGUGUGACAAUUCCAAGAUCGUUGGAUGGACGUUUACAGAUUUCUCAUAGAAAGGCUUUGCCACACGUUAUUUAUUGUAGAGUUUAUAGAUGGCCAGAUUUACAAUCACAUCAUGAGGUUUUUUUUAUUUUAUAG